AUGGAAUGGAUUAAGGAGUUUGCUAAUCAAGCUUCUGAUGUUGAUUCUCCAGAAGAUUCAACGCAUGAAGACAUAAUAGAUGAUGAUGACCAUAGUAAUGAUAGAGGAGGGAAUGGUAAUUCUACCUACCAGCAGUCUUUGACUAGGAAGCAGGCCAUGAGUGCCUAUUUGAAUGGGGAACUUGCAAAUGAGCUGCGGCAAAGAAAUAUGUCUUCAACAUUAGGAAUGACCAAUAAGAUGUCAAGAGAACUUGUGAUGCAGGAGAUAGACAAGAUGCGAAGACAAGAGCAUUAUCCCCAUGACCCAAAGCAUUGUACUGAUGAAUGCAAGAAAAAAGGUUGUGAAAACUUGAGAGUUAUUGAUGGGUGCUGGAAAGUUUGCAUGCCCCAUUGUAUGUUUGCCAUGGAGAUGGAAGUUCAGGGAUUCCCCCUUUUGAAUUUCCCAAAUGUGUGCACGUCUGAACCGAAACCUGGAUCUGUGUUUUGUGCAGACCACUACCAAAUUCUGAAAGACAAGAACAUACCCACACAGAAAGAAGAUUUUCUUCAAUUCAUAGGAUGUAAGAAGAAUCCCAGUUCAACAGAAGACAUCAAGGCCGUUGAUGAUAAGAUAAAGGACUUUUCAAAGCAGUUAGCAUCAUCAACAGUAGGGGUGUCAUCUCUGAAAUACCAGAACACAGAACAAAUUGUUAGCAAGGUGAGCCCUUCGGACUGGCAAUCAACCUCAACAGAUACUGUAUGCAACAAAGACACUGGUGAAAAGGCACGGCUAAGACAAAGGAGCAGGGGCCAUUUCGUAUGUGUGACCGGAGGAGGGCACAUUCAAUAUUUUGAGCCUUUAUUCAAGUCAGAAGGACCGUGCCAGGUAUUCAUGAUUACCAUAAGAAGUUUGUUGCUGGAGCUGAGUACAGUGCCAGAAGAUCAGCUUGAGGCAAGAAUGGAGUCUUUAAUUUUAGCAUACGACAACAUGUGCCACCUUGACUGCAUCAAAGCAGCUAAAGAAGACUUGCCAUUUCCCGCCCCUCUUAACAAGCUAUGGAAGACCAUUAAGAAGGUUGUUGACCGGUUACAUCUCCAAAACCACAAGGAUGCCCGGUGUAAAGUGACCUAUGAUCCGUCAACAAUCCCGGAAAGCUACAAUACCAUGAUAGCUGAGCAGACCUUUUCUUGGUUUUCCCGGUUUAAAAAAAUCGCCAAUUCGAUGACACAAACCCACCAUCUGUUCUAUAUUCACAGACAAAUUCAGAGGCGUAAUAAGUACUCUGGAUCAUGUCGUCUGCGUGGUAAGGCACCACUUUUACCCGGGAUCAAUAUUACUUUGCAGAAGAAAGCUAUUAAAGACUGAUGAACUGUGUUAAUGGAUACAAUUUUGUAAAUAAUGUCAAUUUGUUGAAGGCUUUAUUUAUUGAGGGCAUAUCCAGUAGUUCUUUUUUAGAUAUGUUUUCCAGAUUGUUAACAAAAUUCAAAUACCAUAAUGAAUUUGUAUUUAUUACUUCACUUGUUUUAUGUACAACAGAACAACACCAUUUACAAGUACUUGGUGAUUUCCUUUUUUGUUAAUGAAAAUUUUAAAUCUUAAAUUCAUCAAGUAAAUAAGACAUCUUGAGAAAUAUUUAAAUAUUUAGCAUAUAUCAUGGAGAAACAGCAAUAAAGUGUUGAAUUUCGGACAAUCUAAUAAUUAAGAUUUGAACCAUGAUACUGUUAAUAUUGCAUUCUGAAACGGAACCUAAACUUGAGGCUGUAUUUGUUAAACAAGAAUUAUCUGUUGAUCUUUCAAAGUCUUUUCUUUUGAUAUUGUGACACAUCAAAUUCCCAAAUAAAUAAUUAAGUUAAAAAUGUAAAAACAAAUGAAAUGAGUAUUAUUUUAUUUACUUUUAUUACGUUAUCAAAUUUACACCAUUUUUCAACUAGACAAAAGGUCCCUUACCAAUAUAUCUUAUAACAAAAUAUUAUUAUAUUUGCUUCAAACCAAGUAUAAUGAUAAAUAAGUGUCUGAGUAACAGUCAGAGAAUAUUGUUGGAUAUGGCCUUCACAAAAUACUAUAGUGCAAUUGUUGAGGUAUAUAAGCAUGUAAUGGUAACUUGAGUUUUAAGUCACUUCGGUUAAUACUCAUAUAGACUGUCUUCCUCUUUCAUAUCAGAAUGUCUUAAUAUAAGAAAUAGUGAAGUAAUAUGAUACAUCAAUAUGUAACUUUUCAUUCUAUCAUGACAUGUUAUCAUGUAACUUUUUAUUCUACCAUGUCAAUUAAUAUAAUUAUAUGUAUGCAAUAGGUCUUUAAACCAUUUAUUGUUAAUGAGUUUGUGCGAAUAAAAAUAUUUUUAUUUGUAUAUCCCAACAUGCUGUAUUUCCUAGUGCAGAUAAAUAAUGUAAGUGGUAGAGUUAAGUCCCUUAUACAUUCAUGAAAUAAAUGAUUGCCUUUUUAUUCUAAAAUUUGCUUGUAAGCCUUGCUUUAAUAGCUCUAGUGAAAGUGUUCGUCUUUGCGGUUGUAUGAUCAACUAGUUAUUUUGAGGGAUAUUGAAAAUAUGACAUCCAACUGCAUCUCAAUCACAUGCCUCAAUGCAUCACUAGUUUAAGGCAAGGCCCAUCUGUUGGUUCAUUCAAAAUAUGAUACCCAUAUAUUUGAGAAGUGAAAUGUAUGUAAUCACACAGAUAUAAAAGGAAAUUGCAUAAAUAUUUUUUUUUUGUACAUUUUGUAAGUACUGGUAGUUUUAAUGCAGUUCUUUUAAGUGUAGGUGCAUGUUUUAAUUAACUGAUAGAUGACUUUUAAUGAAUGAAUGAACUAGAUUCGAUCUUUACUAUAAAAUGUUCUGAUAUAAUACAUGUACUACUAUGAACAAUUCAUAUAUUUAUAUAAGAUUAAUCACCAAUUGUUCACUUAGGCUAAACUGAAGGACUGACCUGUGUAAAAAAAAAUGAAAGGUUUAACUUAACAUGAGCUUGUACAGUGAUAGCAUUGCUGGGUGUGAAAUUAUCAUUUAAUAAGGAGAUUGUAUUACUUUUUAUGAAUUUUUAAUUUACCAUUACCAUUACCAUAUCUGGAUAUUGAGUUCAACGGGCUAAUACCAAUUUUGUAACAAAUGCUGAAUAAAAAUGUGUGGUAUAUUAACCAGAAGUAUACUGAACAUCCUGAUUUUUCUUUAAUUAGUAAUGUUAGAAGCAGUCCUAAUAUGCAGAUUUUUAUGAUGAUUUUAUAAAAGAUGCUUUAAUCUGCAAAUACAAAUAACAUUCUUCCUCAAUGUAAAU